AUGCGGGUCCUAGUGACGAGCCGCCGAGAAACUGAUAUCGAGGAUGAGUUCAACAACAGGAAUACGCCCACCAUCCAAAUUGAGGCUGCAAGUGUCCAUUCUGACAUCCAGCUCUACGUGCGUCACAUGGUCGACGAUCUAGUCCGACGCCGGAAACUCAAAGUAUCGAGCAGGCCUCUCAAAGAGAAGAUCAAGACGACCCUCAUGGAGAACGCGCAGGGGAUGUUCUUAUGGGUCAAUCUCCAACUGAGAAACCUCUGCGAACAGCGUAGCGACCAGGAUAUUGAGCGGGAGCUCUAUCAGCUCCCUCAGGGUCUUUUCAAGACGUACGAACGAAUACUAGGCCAGAUCCAAUCCAAACCGCCGGUCCUAAGGAAUUUGGCUCGAACGGCGUUGACUUCCAUCUGCUUCGCUGGCCGACCUCUUCACGUCCACGAAUUGAAAGAUGCAGCUGCCAUUACCGAGGACUGUAGGUGCAGGGACGACAUGAACGCAUAUUCAGCGGAAGCAAUCUUUGAGUGCUGUGCGAAUCUGGUUGUGGAAGAAGGAGGCGUUGUGCGGCUGGUACAUUACUCAGUGAAGGAGUACUUCAUCAAUACACCACCAUUGGAACUGCCUUUGACCCUGCGUGGAGUCGGGAACACUGAGACAUCUCACGCCUUUCUGGCACGGAACUGCCUUAUCUAUCUGCAGCUGGAAGACUUCAAACAGGGACCGUCAACAUCGGAAGGCACCAUUCGAAGAAGAUGUAACAACAACCCCUUCGCGUGGUACGCUGCUGAGUACUUCGACUACCAUCUGGACCAUUUGGAAAGACAUACAGAGGAGCUUGAGAAAGAACUGAGCAGACUCCUAACGGACAAUGACUCCAAUCUCGCGGCGAUCCUACAGAUACGGCGAAUGGGCGACGGGAAUGAUUGGAAUCGAGCCAGAAACAACUUCAGUGUUUCUCCCAGCAAAGUUUCUGCAGCGACUCUGAUCUUUGCAACCCGGCUACAAUACUUCCUCGCGAAUCAAGGCGCAACUAGUCUUUGGUCAAAGCUCGAACAACCUGCCGACGUCUUCCAUCUGGCCGCCGCGAGCGGGUCCAUCGACGCAGUCAGGAAUCUGAUUGGGAAAGGAGUUCAAGUCAACGAGCCCGACGAGCUCGGAGCCACGGCGCUUUAUUACGCUGCCACUGGAGGUCAUCGCGAGCUUUGCAGUCUGCUCCUCCGCCAUAACUGCGACGUGAACGCCCAGGGCGGUGCUUACGGCACCCCAUUGCAAGGGGCGGCACAAGGAGGGUAUUUCGAGAUUGCAAAACUGCUCAUAGACAACGGUGCCGAUGUGAAU